GCGCUCGCCGCCAGGCUGCUACUUCUACUAGUCAUGGCGUCCGUCUUCCCGGUGAUUUUCGCACUUGUCAUAGUCCUAGGACUGAUGACUUGCGGCUUCUUCUUCGUCCCAAAGGGCCCUCAACAAACGACAAUUCGUACGGGUAUCAUGCUGACGUUUGCAUCGUGUUAUCUCAUGUGGAUGAUCACAUAUAUGGCCCAGCUACAUCCUCUCAUAGGCUGCAGAGAGUUUAUGAUAGUCAACCAACGUCUGAGCAGGGAAUAGACGCACACCGCUGUUAUUACACUAGAUUCUGAAUUAACGAAAGGGUGGUUGAACACUUCGAGUCCGCUAUGCCAAAUGUGAGUGCCCUGUCGUGUGUACCAUCCGUUCGGAGAGGCAGGCGAGGAGGGAGAAGUCUUGGCGCGGGGUGGCAGAGAACCGCAAGUAGUUCGCCGUACCCUAUAUCCGCAGUUUGAGCAAGAGCUGAGACAGCUCAAUCUACGCUGACGAUUGACCAGUGCCCACGGCGAAGGAUGUCUAGCGCCGAUAUUCCCAUGAAGUAGGAGGAUCGGCAUGUAGGAAAUGAUGGACUACUAAUCAUGUUCUGAUUCACACCAUUGGUGGCCCAAUCAUCA